GAAUUCAUGUUUGGAAGCACGAGUGUGAUAACCAAGAUCAGGUCAUUCCGGGCGGCCCUUUUGAUCAUUUGUCCGGCGAAACAAAUAGCCCGUGUAUGAGGAACUGGACUGCCUCAUACACGGGCAGUCCAGUCGCCUAGCUUUGAAACCUAGCUUUGAAACAAAUAGCCCCGGGUUUCCUCAAGUCGCCUAGCUUUGAAACCUACCGUCUCCCUCCCAGUCCCCACUCCUCCAACUCGGGCGAGAAAUAGCUCGUAAGUGAGAGCCUAAAACCCUAGAAUAAGAUUCUCUUGCAGAGUAAUCACAGAGACUCGACGUCGAAGAUGCCAGGGGCCACCCUGGAAAUGGAGCCAGUGGAGCCACAGUCACUGAAGAAGCUCAGCUUCAAGUCCCUCAAGCGAGCCCUUGAUCUCUUCUCCCCUCUGCAUGGCCACCUCGCUCCUCCCGAUCCAAAGAGUAAAAAUAUUCGCAUGAGCCACAAGGUAAGCCUGGAGUAUGGAGGAAACAAAGCCAUGACGAGUCAACCUUCCCUUGGGGUUAAUGCCAUUGCAUCGGGUCAUGGUGUUCAACUUCCAGUUCCUCCUAAUACCCUUGCUCUUACAGGUCCAGAGGAUUCUAGUGAUCACCAGAAGGGAGGAGCUCAAAAUGAUCUAAUCGUUGGUCCAUCCAUUCAACCAAAGGCAUCGAAUGAUGUCGGUCUACCCAGCAAAAGCUCUGCAGUUGUUUCUGCUUCAGGAUCAUCUGAAAGGAAUUCAUCUACAUCUGCUAUAAUGGAAAGAAUCCCGAGCAAAUGGCCACGUCCUGUAUGGCAUCCUCCAUGGAAGACCUACAGGGUCAUCAGUGGCCACUUGGGAUGGGUGAGAUCUAUUGCAUUUGAUCCAAGUAAUACAUGGUUUUGUACCGGCUCUGCCGAUCGCACAAUCAAGAUUUGGGAUGUUGGAAGUGGAAGGCUAAAACUCACCCUAACUGGACAUAUAGAACAAGUACGAGGCCUUGCUGUCAGCAGCAAACAUACGUACAUGUUUUCUGCUGGUGAUGACAAACUAGUCAAAUGUUGGGACCUUGAACAGAAUAAGGCCAUCCGGUCUUAUCAUGGUCAUCUAAGUGGCGUCUAUUGCUUGGCUCUGCAUCCCACUAUUGAUGUUUUGCUGACUGGGGGACGUGAUUCGGUCUGCCGGGUUUGGGAUAUUCGUAGCAAGGCACAGAUUUUUGCUCUCAGUGGGCAUGAUAACACUGUUUGCUCGGUGUUUACUCGACCUGUGGAUCCACAAGUUGUUACUGGCUCUCAUGACUCAACCAUCAAGUUUUGGGACCUCAGAUUCGGAAAAACAAUGCUUACUCUUACUCACCAUAAAAAGUCGGUGCGAGCAAUGGCACCGCAUCCUAAAGAGAAUUGUUUUGCAUCUGCUUCAGCUGACAACAUUAAGAAAUUUAACCUCCCGAAAGGGGAAUUCUUACACAACAUGCUCUCCCAGCAAAAAACUAUAAUCAAUGCAAUGGCUGUCAAUGAGGAGGGUGUGUUGGCCACAGGAGGUGACAAUGGCAGUCUUUGGUUCUGGGAUUGGAAGAGUGGUCACAAUUUUCAGCAAGCCCAAACAAUUGUACAGCCUGGCUCAUUGGAUAGUGAAGCUGGAAUCUAUGCUACAUGCUACGACUUGACUGGUUCAAGGCUUGUUACUUGUGAGGCUGACAAGACAAUUAAAAUGUGGAAAGAAGAUGAGAAUGCCACACCAGAAACUCAUCCCGUUAAUUUUAAGCCACCUAAAGAUAUUCGACGGUUCUAAUGGUCAUCCUACUCUUUUUAUGAGGUUGGUUAUAUUCAUGCUAGUUCACGUUGAUAUGGAAAAUGUGUAGCAAAAUUAGAACUGUAAUGUGUGUACCCAAUUUGCUUUAUUAAAUACACAGGGCUUUCCGGGGAAUAUGUUUUUGUAAGCUUUGAUGUAACGUCAAAGACCUGUAGGCAGAAAUUUUCAUAUAUUUGGUUUUUAAAGAAUUUUUGGUACUGAAAUCUUUAGCUGUUGUUGUAGAGUGACUGGUGUUGCUAAAUUGUUUUUGUUUUGGGUUGAUGUGGCUCAAAACUAUUGAAACAUUAGCGACUUGUAGUUGUAAUUUAUCAAAUUAGUGCCAGUUUUCAUCA